AUGGAAGAGCCACGUGUGCAGCAAGUAUUACUGUGUUGCAGUUAAUAUCUAGCAGGGGAGAGACUCACCUUUCUCGGACAAGUUACAGACUAUCGGUACAGUUGACUCUGUCCUCUUUUAAGUCUUGGGAAGACUCAUCAGCCUCUUACAGUGAGUGACCUUUCCUAGACCAGUGUCUGAACUCCCAAAGUUGCUCACUGUACUUUGGUCUGGGUUUACUCUGAUGGAGAAUUAAUGUUUGUGAAACAUAGGUAUUAAUGUAUGUUAAUUCUGACACAUGAUGUUAAUACUGCUGGUUGCCACUCUAUCAGAUCCAGCUACACAAGGAUGGAAAAUGACACGUUUGUGUGGAGGGGUUUUAAUGGGAUAAAGAGUAUGUGUAGACAGCUCGUACAUACACAGAUUCUGCUGUGAUGAGCUGGCUAUCUUUGCCAAAAAUUAACCUGCUUACUAGAUGAAAACAUGAAUUUGUGUCUUGCUAUCAAUCUCCACCAGAGAUUCUUUGUGUUAUUUUGGGGUUGGGGAUUACCUCAUGGAAAAGGAUUCUGCUGUGCAAGCAGGAGGAAGGUGCAAAGAGUCCCCCAAAGCAUAAUGACAUCUAAUAUGCUCAUUCAGAGCAUGCUGCUGGGAAGAGCAUGCUAGUGCUUGGGAGCUAGAUGGGCUGUCCACCACUGUCUGGAUACAGCUCUUGAAUUAAUUAAAAUCUGCAAAUCUUUGCUAUUUCUCACUGCCCACUUACCUUCACCAAACUCAAAGUAAGGAUCACAUGGAUGUGCUGUGGGUAAACUACCAUUGAACACUGAACUCAGUUCAUGGUCUGGGAGGUCCUGUCUAGGGGUGUCAUGAGUUAUAAACCUGCCUACUUGGGGACUUUAUAUGUAUCAGUGCAGAGAGCCUGACUGAGUGUGGUUCUUCGUGUAAAACAAGAGAGAAGUAUGGGGAAACUGAAAUCCAGGGUGGAAGGGCAUGCUCUGUGAGGGCCCUUUUAUCUGUAUCAGACAGAUAAAAACCUGAGGACCCUCAUUCUAAAAGGUCAUGCAGGGGCAUUUGGAGGCAUACUGACAGUUCUAUACAUGCAUCUGUUCCCCAAACUGAUGGGGGGCAAGACGUUUCUGUCAGGGACUGGAUGGCCUAGUUUCUGCUGAAAAUGUUAAUUCUGACGAGGCUAGUGGGGAUGACUUUCAGUGACCUGAACCAUUAAAAGACUGUGAGAGUGCUGGCAGUAGUCAAUUUGGACUACAGUGCCUCAGUGGUCUAUUAGUAUGGCUCAGCAGACAGAAUCCACAGCAGGGAUUUUUGCCUAUUUACCAUAAUUCCUUGUCUGUAUUCUGCCCUCUAGCUUUACAGGAAUCCUGGACUGCAUAUAUCUAUUUUUAAUACACCAUGCUGACAGCAUGUAAAGGUUAUAGGAGGAAAGUUAAUACUGUCCAUGUUCCUAGGUCAGUUCUCAGUGUUUUGGUUAUGCCUGUAGGCUGACAUUUCAUACUUAGCAUUUUACCCAUUGAGAGCUGGUUUUAUAUUCUAAUCAGUAAUAUGUAAACCCACAUUUGAGCAACAUCCCUGGCUAGCCACCAGUGGGGAGAACUACUUAGCAAUCUCCUUUGACAGCCCCCUUUCCAGAGGUCUCCCUGCCUGUCAGUGCAGAGCAGGAAGGUGGGUUUGUCAGUGUCUGCUGUCAGCCCCUCUCUCAGUUCUACCCAGUGCCCUCCUCAGAGGCUGCACUGUGGCCUUUGGUGAAAGGUCACUGGCUCCAGUUUCAACUGGCGCCAUCCAAGUGACUAACAUUUCAUCUCAGUUAGAAAAGCUGUCACCUUUAAGGCUCAGGACUGGCCCAUACACAAGUGGAAGUGUGAAUAAUCCCCAAGAACUCUUUAUAUUAGGGGGCAAACCUCCCACAUCAGUCAAAUUGAGGUGCUUAUUUUUUCAACCUUCCUAAGCUAUUCCAACCCCUAGUACUGAGAGGUUCUCAGGCUUAUAGACAAUCAUCACACAUUUUUUACACAAUCUGACUUCUCUCCACCUCCCCAAAAUGGUAAUUAUUUAUGUAGCCUAAUCAUUGUGUAUAAUCAUUUGGGUUAUUACAUUUCAGUGAGAUCACAGUAUUUAUCAAAACAGGGUGAAGCUUUCAUGCAAUCCAAUUGUGUGCCUUUAUCCAAGUUUUAUUUCUUUUUUUGCUAUACUGUUGGCUGCAAUAUUUAUGGAAAGACUGGCUGAAGAGUCUGUGUUCUUUACAUAAUAGUGUAAAUUAAUUUCAUAUUGAAGGACUGUUAUUUGAGAAGCUCAAAGCAUUGUACUUUAUAUGUAGUAAAAAAUCCAUUACUUAUAAAAUACAUUUGCAGAUUUUCUAAAAAAAAAAAAAAAAAGAAAAUAAAAAAAAGGAAAAAAGAAAAGGAAAAAAUAAAAAAGAGGAAAAUAGUGGACUUAUUAGCUCUGAAAACACUCUUUGAACCACUAACUCCAAAACAAACUUUCUGUUAGAAGAUGAUCUGAACUUUGUCUUUUUGACCAGUGCAAAAGAUCACUUGGAAUAAACAGAAGACCUGCAUGUGAUUUUUUGACAGAAGUUAGAAAUUAUAGGCCAGCCCCCAUCCCAUUUCUUAUUUGCUGAAUUGAUUCAGUAUAUAUAUGGUAUUCCAGCUACACAGCAGAGAGAUUUUGCACUAAAAGCAUGUUAGUAUGGGCAGGCUGACAGCUGCCAUGAUGAUGUAAUGAUGUUCAGGCAAAAUGUAAUUGUUGUACUUUAAGCCAGCAGAUAUUUUUGCAUGAAUAACUGAAACCUGUCCCCUUCUUUUAUUGAUCCCACCAUGUGCUAUCCCAAAGCUUCCUACAUACAUUAUUUUUGGUUUUCUACAAGUCUGUUCAAAAGAAGAAAGUCUCCUAACCAGGCAGAACAUGCUGUGUAACGUUUGUCUUGUGAUGUGAACAGUAUCCUAUACCUUUAACUAUAAUCACUGUAGUAGAAAAGAGAAAUCUUCAAGAUUUCUUUGUUAUUCAGCCAUUGCCUUAGAGGAUGUAGUACAAGACCCGCCUGAGGCUCCAUCUGAUCAACUCCACUCACCAGUCCUUUCUCUGUCUUGGAACAGGACUGCAAAAACAUCCCCAAAUCUAAGCACAGGGGAUGGAAGCAGCACUGAACUCUCUACUUGUGGCUAGCUUUCAGUGUUGUCAAUCUCUAGAACUCCUUUUAGUGUCUGAUUUAAAAGCAGAAAACCUUAGCAUUGAAAUCCCUUUAAAACUCUACAAGUAAUGUAUUUUUCAUAGAUGAAGAGACACUUCCAGGAAAGUCUGAAGAAAUGCUAAAGAUUAAAAAAGGAACACCUAGGGAAAUCAAAACUUUUUUGCUUCAGCUGCAGUUCCUAUUAACAAAAACACAUUAGGUAUAUGUUUUGUUACUGAAUUUUGUUUCCAUCUUGCUGGCAAGAUUUUAGUGCAAUAAUUUGAGUUAAAGGAAUAACAAUGAAACUUAAUAAAACUUUUCUUCUCUUACUCCAGAUUUUCUUGUUUUGCUGGUGGGUUUUCCAUAUCUUCUACUUAAAAAUAAGAGUGAUGCUAAUAAGUAAAAUGAAGGCUACAGCAUACAACUUCAUGUAGUUUCUCUUACUGUCUAGUCAGAGUGGGGAGUGUAAUUAAGAUCCAUAACUUGAGUGUUCCAGAUAGCAUGUAUCCAAUGCACAAUCUAAUACAUUACUUGGAGAGUGUCUACCUUCACAUUGUCCUCAUGUGCUCCAAGGAUAUUGUUUGUAAGGAGUUAUUGGCAGCAUAAUUGCAAAUAUGGACAUUCCUGUAUUUACAUGGUGCACUACAAUCUGAAAGCAAAUAUAAAAUUUCAUUUUGUGAGUUAUGGCAUUGACAUGCUUAAAUCAGAGGAGUCUUAUUUGUAAAUUAUAUAAGACAUAAUUACUUUGUAACUAGUCAAGCCACAGCUAACCAAUACUUAUUCAAGCACUAUAAUAUUACAAACAACCCAGGCCAGGAAUGAAAUCAUUAAAAUGGAUUUUAGCAACAUAAAACACUUCAACAAAUGCAUGUCUAGAUGCACACCUUCAAAACCUUCCUUCAGGGUUGAAGGCCAAAAGAGUGAAAAAACUGGGCUUAUGGGAAGGGAACUUCCCUGUCUGGCAUCACAGUGCUGUGGGAUGCUGGCACAUAUGGUUACUGGUUAUGGUUACUGGUGCCUGGUGCCUUCAUUUCUGGUGCCUUGUAAACAUAGCCUUGGCUCUGCUGAGCCCAUUGCUGAGCAGGAUCUACAGGAAAGCCAUUUCCAAGAACGCAGCCAGCCAGAGUUUUGCAUUAUAAUCAGACCAAUGUACAGUCAGAAUAUGUAACUAGAUCUGCACAGAGCUAAUUUCAGUGUGUGGGGGGACCAGAUGGACAGUAGUUGCUCAGCUGUAGUCCUGUCUCAGGCUCCUUUCCUGCAUCCCAGCGGGGCUGUGGAGCCAGCCUGGGGUGCAGUUAUUCUGAGCACUCAAUCACAUGGUCUCAGAAACAUCUUAAUAAAUUCUGACCAGCAACACUGCCAAACACAGCUUCGCCUCAAAACAAAACAGCUACCCAGGAUCUCAACACAGCAAGACAGCACCUUGUCCAGCCGAGAAGACAGAAACUCUGGUACCCAGCAAAAAUGACUGACAAAAGCCCCUUCGAAACGGAUAUGCUGACGCUCACGCGAUUUGUUAUGGAGAAGGGACGCCGCGUAAAAGGAGCGACGGGGGAGCUGACACAGCUGCUCAACUCCAUGCUGACUGCCAUAAAGGCCAUUUCCUCUGCUGUCAGAAAGGCAGGCCUUGCCCACAUGUUUGGUAUAGCUGGCACUGUGAAUGUGACGGGUGAUGAGGUGAAGAAGCUGGAUGUCUUGUCCAACUCCCUGGUGAUUAACAUGCUCCAGUCCUCCUACAGCACCUGCGUCCUGGUCACAGAGGAGAACAAAGAGGCCAUCAUCACCCCGAAAGACAAGCAGGGUAAAUAUGUGGUGUGCUUUGACCCCCUUGACGGUUCAUCCAAUAUAGACUGCUUGGCACCAAUAGGAACAAUAUUUGCCAUCUACAAAAAGGAAACAGAUGACGAGCCCUCUGAAAAAGAUGCAUUGCAGCCUGGACGCAAUAUUGUUGCUGCAGGCUAUGCCCUGUAUGGUAGUGCUACGCUGGUUGCCCUCUCCACAGGGCAAGGAGUGGACUGCUUCAUGCUCGAUCCGGGUCUCGGUGAAUUUAUUUUGGUGGACAGAGAUGUUAAAAUCAAGAAGAAGGGGAAGGUAUACAGUCUCAAUGAAGGUUAUGCCAAGUAUUUUGAUCCUGCAAUGACAGAAUACUUGCAAAGGAAGAAAUUCCCUGAGGAUGGCAGCUCCCCAUACGGUGCCAGGUACGUGGGCUCCAUGGUAGCUGAUGUUCACCGUACACUGAUGUAUGGUGGGAUCUUCAUGUAUCCUGCUAACCAGAAGAGUCCUAAAGGAAAGCUCCGACUUCUCUAUGAAUGCAACCCUAUGGCUUUCAUCAUUGAGCAGGCAGGUGGAAUGGCAACUACAGGGACCAAAGCAGUGUUGGAUGUGAAACCUGAGAAUAUUCACCAGAGAGUUCCUCUCAUACUUGGCUCUCCAGAUGAUGUGCAAGAAUACCUUGAUUGUGUUCAGAAACACCAGAAGAGCAGCUAAAGUCUUUCCACAUCAAAUAUUGCUUGUCCAUCUUCAGUUUCCAAGAAAAGCUUUACCAUUCAAAACGGUGGAUUCUAGCAUUUACCACCAAUCUCAGUGAAAGUCCCAAUUUACAAAAAGAGGAAAAAUAGUGAGAUUUUGUUUCUCCUUGCAGGCAAGUGUAGAAAUCAUUUAAUUCUGAUUUAGGCAGGGCAAGUGUAGAGACAGAGUCAUGACAAACAGCAACUACUUACUUUAUAUAGUAUUAUACAAUGUUAACAAAAGGAAUGGUAUCCCCAUUUGAUCUGAAGCUUCACAUUUGACAUUACAUGGAUGGCAUUGUUUGCGACAGGAUUUCCACAUCAAUAUUGGCAAUACUAUUAUCUGUAUUUUUUGUCAGUUUUUUUUGCAGAUGUUUUUUAUCUUGACAGCCCUAAGAAGAGCAGAAAUCUCAUGCUGUCUGAAACAGUAUUUUUAAGCUGAAAAUUAUAUAUAUUUUGGGUAAUUAAUAGAGAUGAAAAGGCUGCAGCAUUGCCAGGGUAUUUAAUUUCUCAUGAGAACAGGAAAUAUCAUGUGUUGUAUACACACCUUUCAAAGCACAAAUUACAAUAAAUCAUUGCUAUGGAUGUAAGACUCAAA